AUUUCAGUACCAAGAGCGGUAACCCCGAGCUACACUCGGGCUUACCAUGCGGCACUGCUCUGGCAUUUGUUCUUCACUUACCUUACCCUGCGCUCCCACGAUGUGUCCCCUGCAGCGUCCCCGGCCAUCUCCUCCGGCCGAUGCCAGCAUCCGGCUUCUGUGUCCUGUCCCUGUGACGUCGGGACGUACGGGCACCGUCGCCGGGAAAUUUAAAAAAUGUCAUUUUUUUUUUUUUACAUUUUACAUAUGCUGUGUUCUGCGCCCUGCCUGCAUUUUGUCUGUUCUUUCU